AUGGCUGGGACAGACUCGAUGGAUUUCGACUUCAGAUUCCCCGCUCCCGGGCUCGAGAACAAUUCCAUGGCCAUUGACGAUGACAAUGUGAACAAUGCCACACCCCCACUGCUCGACGACAAUCCACGUCAGCGGUCUGUCUCUCCAACACGGGCCAGAAAGAAACAGAGGACCGUCGAGCAAUCUAAUCAACUCACGACCUCUUUAGUCCCCAUGGCACCAUCGACUGACACUGGGACUGACACUCCCACUCCUCCGCUGACAACUACCGCUGAUCUGCAGGCUCAAAUCCUCGGCCUGUUCCCGGACAUCUGCGCAGAUUAUGUGGCCCGAUUGAUUGAGCCCCUACGCAACUUCUUAUUCCAAAGCCAUGAUCAAUCGUUGACUUGGGCUCGGUUUAUCAUCGCUAAGGAGAGCAUCAUUGAGCAGAUCCUGAAUCAACAAUCAUAUCCAAGACAGAAGCGUAAGCGGGGUUCCGACACCGUGGAGUACAAGCGUAACGCGGAUCGCAAGAAAUACCUCAACCGUCCGAGAGUUGAAGACAGACUAUACCAGGAUCGAAUUUUAAAGAUACUAGAACAAGAGUUUCCACUUGUUCCUCACAACGCAAUCUGGAGUGUAAUCAAGGAAAAGAAGUCUCUAUACUUGGCGUAUCAGGAGCUGUUCACACAGGAACACAGCUUCGAACAGACUCAGCGGCCGUACGCUCGACUGGAGCAUACGAGGCUACCGUCAAUGGACAAGGAAUGGGAAGUUAUCCAAGCAUACGAAUACCGUUAUGGUGCGGAUGAUACUAUCGAGGAGUUGAAUGCCGCAAAGGAAGCGACUAGGCUCGAGGCCAAUGCCAUGCGUGAAAGAGCGGAUAAAGAACUGGCAGAAAGACUCAACGAGCAAGAACACGUCCAAUUGGGUAGGCUCGUAGAAUGCAAAUGCUGCUACCGCGAAGUUCCGUCAAACCGACACGUCGUCUGCGAUGGCGCCGACGCCCACGUCUUCUGCUUCACGUGCAUUCGCAAGUCUGCGGAGACCCAAAUCGGCCUAAUGAAGUAUGAGCUCCGCUGCAUGGAUGUAAGCGGCUGUGACGCGAACUUUGUCCGCCUGGAGCUUGAAAUGGCUCUUGGUUCAGAAUUGUUGGGCAAGCUGGAAGCUCUCCAGCAAGAUGAUGAGAUCCGCCGGGCGAACUUGACGGGCUUGGAGAGCUGUCCCUUCUGUGACUUCAAAGCGAUCUAUCCGCCCGUUGAGCAAAAUCGCGAAUUCCGCUGUCUCAAUCCGUCGUGCGAGAUCGUCAGCUGCCGUCUAUGUGACAUGGAGAGCCACCUCCCCCAAUCUUGCGAAGAGGCGCGGCAGAAAGUCCGCGGUCUAGAGGCACGACAUCAGGUCGAGGAGGCGAUGAGCAAGGCCUCCAUCCGAGUUUGUCCCAAAUGCAACGUGAAGAUCAUCAGGGAAUCCGGGUGCAACAGCAUGGUCUGCUCGAAGUGUGGAUGCAACAUGUGCUACCUGUGUCGGAAGGAGAUAAACGGCGAGGGAAAUCAUUUCGGUUCUCCAUCAGGAUGCCAAGGCAAUAAUGUUUCACCUCACGAGGUCACCGAGGCACAGGAAAGCACCAUCAAAAAGAUCCUCAAGGAAGAUUCCACCUUGAAAGAGGAGCACUUGCGGGUGUAUCCUUCAGACAACGGCCCUAAUUACAAUCCGCCAAACUAUCUGCUAAACGGCACUAAUAGGCUCAUCGCCCCUUUUUCUCCAGCCCUGCCACGAUACCCACCAUAUCAUGUUAACACUCUGUCCGCGAUGCAACAGCCUUGGGCGGCGGAUGGAUUGCGCCCGACAGAUCCUCCGCUUCCUCCGCUGGCCACACGUGGUCUUCAUCCUCCAGCUACUCCCCAAACUACCCCCUAUUCUGUGCAAAUCACGCCCCGGGAUCUCAACGUCGCAGGCUCUACCCCCGGGGGCACAGCCCCUGGGCCGAUGACGGUUCGGCCUGUGGUCUCCCUCCCAGUCAGGCCUCGGCCAGACUUGCCCUCGGGAAACAAUAACGCCUUUACUACUGCAUCCCAGCAAACGGCUUGGUCGAAUCCCACUCCUACCCCAGAUGGACCAGAAGGACUCGCUCUAGCGACACCAACCGGGGCACCUAGAGGCCCCGAGUCGCAGACACAGAUGCAGACAGGGCCGCAACAGUGA